GGGCAAGGCACGGCGUUUGUGUUAAACAAGUUCCGUUCUCUUGGUGCUCAGAAAACGGUGGGACGGUUGGAGGCGUGUGCGAGUUGCGGAGGAGAAAGUCUAAAGAGGAGUUUCCCAACCAGGUAACCUCUCUGAACCAAAACAACAUUGUUGCUGGAGUACUUGUUUUUAAGGUAGAACUUUAGACUUCAUAGCACUGAAUUAACCUGCACUGAAAGCUGUUUACCUGCAGUUGUUCACUUUUGUUGAAAGUGACCAUGUCUCAAGUUCAAGUGCAAGUUCAGAACCCAUCUGCCGCUCUCUCAGGGAGCCAAAUACUGAACAAGAACCAGUCUCUUCUCUCACAGCCUUUGAUGAGUAUUCCUUCUACUACUAGCUCUCUGCCCUCUGAAAAUGCAGGUAGACCUAUUCAAAACUCUGCUUUACCCUCUGCAUCUAUUACAUCCACCAGUGCAGCUGCAGUUCCUUCUAACAUGGCACACCCCAAAGAGAAAACCCCAAUGUGUCUUGUGAAUGAGUUAGCCCGUUUCAACAAGAUUCAACCUGAGUAUAAGCUUUUGCGUGAGCAAGGUCCAGCUCACUGUAAGAAGGCAGCAGAGUGGCAGCAGCGCCGACGGGGACAGUCCUGGAGAAAGGUGUUUACAGUACAGCUAACCCUUGGAGAUCAGCACUGGGAAGCUGAAGGAAGUAGUAUUAAAAAAGCCCAACACACAGCUGCUGCCAAAGCUUUGGAAGGAACAAAAUUUCCUAAACCUAUAAUCCGCCCUUUUCGUAGCGAAGGAAGGAAUCCAGGUAUUAUGCGUGGGCCAAGACAGGUUCCUUUCAAAAGUGUGUCUAGAGAAAGCAUAACCCCUACUGUAGAGCUAAAUGCACUGUGCAUGAAACUUGGAAAAAAACCAAUGUAUAAGCCUGUCGACCCUUACUCUCGGAUGCAGUCCACCUAUAACUACAACAUGAGAGGAGGUGCUUAUCCCCCAAGGUACUUCUACCCAUUUCCAGUGCCACCUUUACUUUAUCAAGUUGAACUUUCUGUGGGAGGACAGCAAUUUAACGGGAAAGGAAAGACGAGACAGGCUGCGAAACACGAUGCUGCUGCAAAAGCUUUGAGGACCCUGCAGAACGAGCCCCCACCCGACAGGCUGGAGGUGAAUGGAAGAGAAUCAGAAGAAGAAAAUCUCAAUAAAUCUGAAAUAAGUCAAGUAUUUGAGAUUGCACUUAAACGGAACUUGCCUGUGAAUUUUGAGUCUUUCCCUCUAAAACAGGUUGCCCGGGAGAGUGGCCCACCCCACAUGAAGAGCUUUGUGACCAGGGUGUCGGUUGGGGAGUUUGUGGGGGAAGGUGAAGGGAAGAGCAAGAAGAUUUCAAAGAAAAAUGCUGCUAUAGCUGUUCUUGAGGAGCUGAAGAAGUUACCGCCCCUGCCUACAGUUGAGCGAGUGAAGCCCAGAAUCAAAAAGAAAACAAAAUCCAUAGUCAGGCUACAAAGCAGCCCGGAAUACGGCCAGGGGAUGAACCCGAUUAGCAGACUGGCCCAGAUCCAGCAGGCAAAAAAGGAGAAGGAGCCAGAGUACCUCCUCCUCACUGAGCGAGGCCUCCCGCGCCGCAGGGAGUUUGUGAUGCAGGUGAAGGUGGGAAACCACACUGCAGAAGGAUCAGGCACCAAUAAGAAGGUGGCCAAACGCAAUGCAGCCGAGAACAUGCUGGAAAUCCUUGGUUUCAAAGUCCCACAGGCUCAGCCCACCAAACCAGCCCUCAAAUCAGAGGAGAAGACACCCAUAAAGAAACCAGGGGAUGGAAGAAAAGUAACGUUUUUUGAACCUGGCUCUGGGGAUGAAAAUGGGACUAGCAAUAAAGAGGAUGAGUUCAGGAUGCCUUAUCUUAGUCAUCAGCAGCUGCCUGCUGGAAUUCUUCCCAUGGUGCCCGAGGUUGCCCAGGCCGUAGGAGUCAGUCAAGGGCAUCACACCAGAGAGUUCACCAGGGUAGCUCCGAACCCUGCCAAGGCCACGGUAACUGCCAUGAUAGCCCGUGAAUUGUUGUAUGGGGGCACCUCGCCUACAGCCGAGACCAUUUUAAAGAAUAACAUCUCUUCAGGCCACGUACCCCAUGGACCUCUCACGAGACCCUCUGAGCAGUUGGACUAUCUUUCCAGAGUCCAGGGAUUCCAGGUUGAAUACAAAGACUUCCCCAAGAACAACAAGAACGAAUUUGUAUCUCUUAUCAAUUGCUCCUCUCAGCCGCCCCUGAUCAGCCAUGGUAUCGGAAAGGAUGUGGAGUCCUGCCACGAUAUGGCUGCACUGAACAUUUUAAAGUUGCUGUCUGAGUUGGACCAACAAAAUACAGAGAUGCCAAGAACAGGAAAUGGACCAAUGUCUGUGUGUGGGAGGUGCUGAACCUUAUCUGGCCAUGAACCAUUGAAAAAUCCCAACAUAUAUACUGAAAAUACUGAAACUGCUUUGAAAAUUUGGAACUUCUGAUACCUCCAGUGGGCCGAGAGACACGAUGGGUAAAGGACUGGAGACAGCAGUGGUGAAGAAGGCGGGGCCCCGAGGAGGCAGCGGCAUGGCCGCUGGCCUGUGCUAUGGCUUUUCCUCACGCGGCAGCAGCUGCUGGGGGCCGGGCGGGCCUGCCAGGCACCCCAGCGCCACUGGGAAACCAGCGGGUCCACGCCCCAGGCACCCUAGCGCUUGGUUAGGGUGGGGGGUUUUUUUUUGGUUUUGUUUUUUGGGGGUGGUUUUGUUGUUGUUGUUGUUUUUUCUUCUUGCUGUGUGAAAGAAGAAACAGAAAGCACGACCCCUUCUCAAACUGGCUCACUCAAACACUUUGGGACAAACCCUGGACACCACGCUGGAGAGAGGCCUUAGUCUGGCCCCAGAGCUGAAAGC